AUGUUGUCGUCCUUCUUCCGCCGGCGCCAUGAGCCGGAGCACAUCACCCCGAUUCCCGGCCCGCUGGAGACGGAGCUGCCUGGCAUGCAGCAUCUCCAGCAUCUCCAGCAGUUUGAAAAGGCGCACAAGCUCGACCCCAACCUGCCCAUUGACGACCUCAACGAUGUCGACGCCGCCAUAGCGACUGGCAAUGCCGAGAAGGGCAUCGAGAUUGAGCACGCCCUCAUGGAGGAUAACAGCCCGUAUCCCGAGGUGCGAGCCGUUGUUCGAAACUAUGAUGUCGACGUCCCUGCCAACACCAUCCGCGCCUGGGUCAUCGGCCUCAUCCUCUGUACCGUCGGCUCUGGCGUCAACAUGCUCUUCUCGCUUCGCAACCCGAGCGUCGCCAUCACGACGUACGUCAUCCAGCUGAUUGCCUAUCCCAUCGGCCGCGGCUGGGACUUGGUCAUGCCCGACAAGGAAUGGAACCUCUUCGGUUUGAAGUUUAACCUUCGACCCGGCAAGUUCAACCACAAGGAGCACGUCAUCAUUGUCGCCAUGUCCAACGCUGCCUACGGCGGUGGCGUGUUGUAUGCGACGGAUGUUUUGCUGGCGCAGCGCCUCUUUUACAAGCAAGACUUUGGCUGGGCUUUCCAGCUUCUCUUCGGCAUCACCACGCUGUGUACCGGAUACGGCCUGGCUGGUCUGGCUCGUCGUUUCUUGGUCUGGCCCGCCGCCAUGAUCUGGCCCGCCGAUCUGGUCAAUGUCGCCCUCUUCUACAGCUUGCACGACCACUCACCAUCGGACCCGUCAAAGACGAACGGCUGGUCCAUUGGCCGCUACAAACUCUUCCUCAUCGUCGGCUGCGGCGCCUUCAUCUGGUAUUGGUUCCCCGGGUGGAUCUUCAAGGGCCUGUCUUCCUUUGCCUGGGUCUGCUGGGCUGCCCCGAACAGUGUCGUCGUCCAAAAGAUCUUUGGGCCCAGCCACGGAUAUGGCUUGAUGCCCACCUCCUUUGACUGGUCCGUAUACAGCGGCUUCGUGGGCUCGCCACUGAUUCCUCCGUUCCAUGCCAUCGCCAACGUGCUGGGCGGAAUCGUCGUCUUCUUCGUCAUCAUCUCCAUGGGAAUCCACUUCAGCGGCACCUGGUAUUCCGAUUAUUUCCCUGUCCAGUCCUCCGACUCGUACGACAACCUGGGCCAGGUCUACAACGUUUCGCGAAUCCUGGGCAAUGACUUGAAAUUCAACGAGACAGCCUACAAGGAGUAUUCGCCUCUCUUCCUGCCGACUCAAUUUGCCCUCGCCUAUGCCCUGUCAUUUGCCGCCGUUGCCGCCGUCCUCAUCCACGUUGCUCUCUACCAUGGCAAGGAGAUCUGGAACCAGUUCAAGCUGGCCCGUCAUCAGGAGGACGACGUUCACAUGCGGCUGAUGAAGAAGUACCGCGACGCUGAGGAUUGGUGGUACGCAGCGCUCUUCGUUGGCAUGGUUGCCAUCUCCUUUGGCAUAGUCGCUGGCUGGGAUACCGGCUUCCCCGUCUGGGCCUAUGUCGUCUGUUUGCUACUUCCGAUUGUGUGGCUCAUUCCCAUCGGCAUCGUCCAAGCCAUCACUAACAUUCAGCUCGGUCUCAACGUCCUGACCGAGUUCAUCAUUGGGUACAUGGUUCCCGGCCGGCCCCUGGCCAUGAUGAUGUUCAAGAACUAUGGCUACAUCUCCAUGUCACAGGCCUUGUACUUUGCCCAAGACUUGAAGCUCGGCCAUUACAUGAAAGUGCCCCCUCGCGUCAUGUUCACUUCGCAGCUUCUGGCCUCUGUCUGGUCUGCCAUCGUGCAGAUUGCCGUCAUGAACUGGGCGCUCGGCCACAUCCCCAACGUCUGCGACCAGCAACAGGAGAACGGCUAUUCGUGCCCAGGAGGCCGCGUCUUUUACACGGCCUCGAUCAUUUGGGGCGCCAUCGGACCCGCUCGCAUCUUUAGCAACGGGGCUCUCUACGCAUCACUGCAGUGGUUCUGGCUUGUCGGAGCCAUCACUCCCAUUGCCACCUGGCUGCUGGCUCGCCGCUGGCCCAAGUCCUUCUGGCGCUACGUCAGCUCCCCCGUCAUCUUUGGAGGCACUGGCCAGCUCCCUCCGGCGACUGUCAACAUCUACCUCUGUUGGGGCCUCGCCGGCAUUGUUUUCAACUACUUCAUCAGGCGACGAUACACGGGCUGGUGGUUGCAGUACAACUACGUUGUUUCGGCGGCGCUGGACUGUGGUCUCAUUAUAUCCACGCUGCUCAUCUUCUUCACCCUGUACUUGACCAACAUGAACAGUCCUCACUGGUGGGGCAAUGACGCCGCUGUGCAUACAAUGGAUGCUACAGGAGAUGCGAUAUCCAAGAGAGUUGCUCCAGGCGAGAUUAUCGGACCAUCACAAUGGCCCUAG